AUGGCCUGCCUCGCCCCGCCCUGGCCGUCGCAGCGCCGCGCGGCGGCCGCUGGCGGCACGUCGGAGCGCCACACGGCCCUGGCCCGCAUGCGCCAGCGGCGCUGCGGCCGGGACCCCGAGCCCGAAGAGGCCCCGCGGUCUUCCAGGGCGCCGCCCCGCGCCCGGGACGUGGCGCCGGAGAUGGAGGAGGCCCCCCGGUCGGCCCGGGCGCCGCCCCGCGUCCGAGAUCGCGCUGGGGACUACGGCCCGACGGACCUGGACGCCCCCGCCCCCCGCCUCGGCACGGCCGCCUCGGCGCGCAGCGGCGCCUCGCCAGAUCCCGAGGACCCGAUGCUGCCGCCCAGGCCGACGAUGCCGUCGAUGCCCCAGCCGCCCGGGUCGGCGAGGGGGCAGGCGCGCGGCGAGCCGGCGCCCUCCUCGCGGCCGGGGACGGGCAGCGCCGCGCCGUGGGACCCCGCGUGGGUGCCGGACUCGCCAGCGGGAGCCGCCGCGACGCAGAGCCUCCGCAAGAGCAGCCAAGGCACCGGCGGGCUGCCGAGGCUCCGCGCGGCAGCCGCGAGGAGGCUCAGCUGGGUGCUCCACAGCUUCAGGAAUGAGCAGCCUCCAGCAAACCACUGCAAACUCAAGUGUGGUGUGAGUGUAAUCGUCUGCAGCUGCGAGCUGCGCACUCAACAGAUGGUCCGUGCCUCCUUGCGCGGCGGACUGGCCGUCUCGGUGUCGACGGGCGCCUCCUGCGUGGCCUGGCUCACGAGGUUGACAACUCCCAUCGCGUCGGUAAGCCCGCUCGGCGAGCCCGCUGGUGUUGCUGGAACUGGGCGCUCGACCGCCCCCGCUGCGGCCUCCCUCUCGUUCCUCUUGCGGGUCUGCUCGGCGAUUUGCUCUGGCGUCAAUGGGGCUCCCACAGGUGUUGAACUUGCCGUCGAGCUGCCUUCCGUUACCGAUGUCUCCGGCGCUGGCAUGUGGGGAUCCUCCAUCUCCAUGUGGUGA